CCUGGACUGCCCGUAGGGGGGAACCUCGAAACCAGAAAGGCACCGUGACCAACAAGCACUUGGAUACCACCACCUUGUUGUUGUCCUGCCGUGGUCUAGGUGGUCACGUAGAGGCAUUCAAACUCGUCCCAGCCCCUCACCAACAAACAUUCUUCCCCAUCUUCUGCAUCUUUGCAAGAAAAAGGCCGUAAAAGUAACUUUCCUCAACUAGUCUUUUGGACCCUCCUUGCAUCCGGCGACUUUCCCCCCUCAAGAACCAACCGAGAAAAAAUAAAAGACACGACAAGCGCCCGACGAGACAACACCCAUCUGAUCUCUCCCAUUCACGAGAUUCCAAGUGAAUUUUCCACUCCAUCUCUACGACCGCAACCAUGUCGAAACGGCCGAGCUAUGCGUCGGUCGCCAAUGGCGCCGCAACCCAAGACGACUCCACCUCCGCCGCUGCUGCCGAGUUCGAUCGCUCUCACGACAAGCAAAAAAUUCUCUUCUCUACAGAUGCGGGGCACUUCUCUCUCAUUCGCGCGAUGCAUCUCGCGGAUCUCAUUACUGAAUUGAAUGGCCUUUGCGGUAUCCUCUCCCUCUUCUCUUCUUUGCGGUACUGCCUCGGUGACCCCGCCGACAAGACCAACAUCUACUAUGCGCUUGCCUUCCUCCCCUUUGGCUUGUUUUUCGACUUCAUGGAUGGCAAGGUCGCGCGUUGGAGGAAGAAGAGCAGCAUGAUGGGCCAAGAGCUGGACUCGCUGGCUGAUCUGAUCUCCUUUGGCGUCGCACCCGCCGUCGUCGCCUUCGCCAUCGGUAUCCGUACCCCCCUCGACCAUCUCUGCCUUGGCUUCUUCAUCCUCUGUGGCCUCACCCGCCUCGCCCGCUUUAACGUGACCGCGACCGCCAUCCCGAAGGACGCCAACGGCAAGGCUGCCUACUUUGAGGGCACGCCGAUCCCCACGACGCUCGGUCUGGACGCCAUUAUGGCCUACUGGGUGUCGCAAGGCUGGAUUCAUGAUUCACUUCCGUGGGGUACCAUGUUCCAGGGCACCGCGCUCGAAUUCCACCCCAUUGUCCUCAUCUUCAUGCUCCACGGCUGCUUGAUGACAAGCAAGACCAUUCAUAUUCCCAAGCCUUGAAAGCAUAAAGACGGACUAGGGUCUACGAACUUGUGCCGCAAGGAACGAGGGACGGGGAUGAUUGAGUUGGUUUAUGGAAAGGUAAAGGCCUGGAUUUCAAUAAGGAAGAAGCCCGCUACGAGUUGAACGUCGGUGAAGAGAAAGGGAAGAUUGAGAGACAGAAAGGUCUUGGGCAGGAAAGCAAAAGACGGGGAAUUCUUUAACAGAUGGAAAGCGGAGACAAAAAGAAAACUUAAAAAGUGAAAGAAGAAGAAGAAGGAACUAGCCGUGGGUCUGGGGGGUUUCUGAGAAUUGUUGAAAUGACUAUCAUGCCUGCUCUCUUUUUUUUCCUGCCAUUUUCCUUUCUGGUCACUAUCCGGUUGGCUGCAUUGUGUAGUGCGAGUGUGUACACGCUUUUCCAUUUUAGAAUACAAAUACCCUCUCUCUUUUUCCCG